AUGGACCCAGCGGGCGUAGCUACGUCGCUGCUGGUUUUGCUGGCAGCAAAUAACACCUCGGUGCUCGACUGUGUCUGCAACCACGUCGCCAGCGUCACCGACGAAAUGAGUUACGGCGAUGGACUGAUGUGGGAGACGUACUGCCAAGACCUCGGAAAUUAUUAUCUGUUCGAAACGUGCGAGAACCUGGAGGCGCCGUCCGUCGCGGUGCCGGCCGCCACACGGCUGGUGCCGCGCAGAGGCCACGAGCCGCCGCCCGCGGAGGACGAGGAGUGCGGCCGCGCCCUCGCGGAGGUUCGCCACCUCACGGAGGACAGCUCCAGGGAGCUCACCAGGGGCCUCAUCCGCAGCGUCGCUGCCGACUGCAUUCGCUCUUGCUCCGUACAAGGGUUGGAUAACAUGGAAUGGAACCUGGAGACACUGCAAACGGAUCGGCUGAGGAGUGCGACCCUCACCAAGUUACUGCACGCUGUACAGCAGAUCACAAGAGCCAUAAACCACAGGAAUCGCCUUGUCUUGGAUUACAAUUGGGAAUUUCUUCAUAAUGACCAGAACCUCAGCAAAACUGAAUUCCAGGCCGAGAUACCGGUCUUCCUGGAGCACCUCUCUGACUACUGGCGGGACUCGGCGCAGCUGCUCUCACUGGGUGUCAAACAUUUCUCUCAGCUGCUCGUCCCCCUCGCUUUCGAGCAAAUGGGUAUCCACUCAAAUGAUCUGCAACGCCAUGAAUGGAUUAACAGCAUGAAACAUCUAAGAGACAUGCUGCACACGAAAUUAAGCGGCUGGGUUCAUGACGUGCAAUCCGUCAGCGAGCAGAUGGCGCACUACAAAGUGGAAGAACACAAGAACAGGCCUGGGACUUAUAUACUUAGGUAA